CCCGACCUUACAAAAUCUCGUCGUCGACAUUCGCACUUUUGUCUUUUCUCUUCGCCACAACCAACACGCUCGCUCCACCACACCCGCUCUCAACUUUGCCGUCGUUACACGUCGAAGGCGCUGAGCGCACCCAACCCGCACAUUCACGCGUUGUAUGUCUCGUCGAGCAGCGCGCGCGUGGAUACACACCAAACUUCGCUCCAUGUAGAACGAGCCUUGAUCGUCAGUACAAAUGCCAAAACGCACGUAUUCGCGACGCAACAUGUCCAUGAAGCCCGAUGACAAAGACAAGGGGGACAUGGAGCGCUGGAAACGCCAGAAGAAAGACGAGAAUCCGAGCCUACCCAGCGACGCUCGAAUGCGAUUGAAUGAUAACAAGAAGAAAUUACGACGCCCAUUCGGUGGACCUAUCUCGAUAUUAGACGGGGAGACCGGACUUGGAGAGGUUGAGUUGCCAAAACCCAAAGGGUUGAUUGACCGGAGUUUGGCAAACAAGUGCCAUGAACGCGACAGGCGUACAUUGACGAAGCCACACGAGAACGUCAAGCGGCUUACUCCAAACAGCGCGAUGCACUCACUAUACGGAGGUGAUCUAAAGGCCUUUCUAUCAGAGCAGAAGCAAAGGCAGGAAACGAAGAACAGACUGCAAAAUCGUGAACUGUCAUCCCAUGGAAGUCGCUCCGAGAAAGACAUGAAUGUAAAAUGCCCACAGCCGCAGCUGUCUGCAAAGAAGGCAAAAGAGAAAGCCAUGGCCGCUGAUUCAAACGGAGCACCUCAGCGCAGGCUCGCCAGGCCACUUUCUGCGUCAGAGUGUACGACGACGACAGUCGCAGACAAGGAUACUCAUGAGUUUGGGCAGGUUAGAAUUCCUCGGAAGCCUUCGAAUCCUAAACGAUCGUUCCACUCUGAGCAGUUUCGGGGCUCUCAAGGAUCACCUCUUUCCCACCAGAAGUCGCCUUACAUUCCCAGAAGCAAUGAAGUGAAAAUUUUGUCAUUACCUUCCAGAGAUAUCCUCAAGCGAACACUGGACUCAGAAUCCAGCGAAGCCAAGUUGUGGUACGUCAAUCAGACCCAGUCUCCACUUCUGCGUCUACCCAAGGAUAUUCGGACCAAAAUUUUCGAACACGUCUUCGAAGAAGGCCGUACGAUUCAUAUCGGUCUCGAUGCCUUUAUCAGCGAGAAAGACCGAAAAGAGAACCCUCACUGCAAGCCCGGAUACUGGAGAAAAGCAUAUUCUGGUCACCUUUAUCUAGCCAGCGAGAAGCGGUAUCCUGCGGAUAGGAAAGUUCCCAUAUCUUUCCUCAAUCGAGUAUGUCGCCAGAUGUACCGCGAGACGCGGCUUCUUCCUUACAAGUACGACACUCUCUCUUUCGAUUCCAGCCUCGUCAUGAACGCCUUCCUCCUUCUCGAUCAGAAGCUCGCGCACGCGCAUGACGAGAUUCAAAGCAUUGUCGUAGGACCCGGUCCACCGGAAGAGCUGCCCCAGCCUAACCUGCUGAAGUACUUGGGUGGAUUGGUAGUGGCUGUUCGCAGGGUGUCCUGGGGUGUUGAAUAUUACCAGGUUGUGCGCGGAGAGACUGGGCCGCGCUUGAAGACUAUGCGGAUUUAGAGGUUUCGUUGUAGACCUCGAAUCCUACCGUGGAGUAAGAAGACGAGCUGGGGAACGGAUCGGCGGCAACUCAUGUCACUUCGAUAUCGGAAAUCAGACGUUCAUCUCUGGCAGUGUCGUCAAGUGAUUGUCCUC